GUCAUAUUUUGCGCUGACAACAAUUAUUGCAAAGCAUUCGGUGGCUCGACUGCUUCGUCAUAUACCAAAACAUUGCUACGUUGUUAUGCGUUUUGAAUUUACCAGGAUUGUAGGGUUGUGCAGUCAGUUUUCGGUUGAAUUUGGCCGGAUGCCGCAUUCGAAGUUAGUGCAUCUAACUCUACGAGGUCGUGAUUGAUUCUUUUGUUUUGCCAACGUAGGUUGUGUUCGUAGGUUGUGCGGGCGGAAAGUAACAUGUAGCCGGGUAAACUAAGUUACUGAGACAGUUAAUUUGCCGUCUGUUCCCGCUGGGACAUUAAGCAGGUCCCGUAGAUUGAGGAACAAACGUUAGAUAUAAACACUUUCGCCUGCCAGCCGCAUUGAGAUACCCGCUGACGAUGUCUGGUGCUAAUUGCAUUUGAGCCUCCCUGGACGUAGUCAGCUGUCUCCCCGAGCUUUUUUCGUUCCCCUGACAGUUCGUCCGGCCGCAACGUAAAGGAACGAACAAAAGAACUCAGGUUUUCUCUCUUUGACGAGCCGAUGUUGCUCCGUGCGCCUUUUUCCUUUCGCACCCUGCUUUGGAACGAUCGUUACGUCGCUGAAUUUGCUCUACUGAACGUGCGACGAACGUAGCUGUCGCAAGUCGCACUUCUGUCACUAUAAUAGCUACAGUCGCGUUACAGAAUCCAGAUCAGUUCGUCUAGUUACCGUAAUGCAAGACAGUAGCUCCAGGGGCAAGAAGCAAUAUUUUACAUACCUUCUAACUGAGCCAGAGAGCUUACAAUAGAUCUUAUUCUCCUGAAGUUGUUUUAGGACGUCUAUAUAACUCUUUGUUUGCGUGCAGCAUUGUUAUUAGGAUUUAUUAUUGUUUUCCUGCUACCUGGAUACUCUUAUAGAGGAUAUCUUGCUUCAAGGAAGGAUAUAUAUUCCUUACACGAUACUUCUCUGCUUACCAACUGUGCUAUUCAGUGAUAGACUCUCUUUGCCCAGGGGCAAAACUUAGACCAAUUGGCCCAUUGACCUUGCGUUUGAUCGGGCUUACAUUUCCCUGCUGUCAUUGUGAUGAUUUCCGGUCAGUCUACUUGUGAGUGGCAGACCGUACAACCUCAAGUAAACGGCCACAUCGACCAGGCCCACCAGCAACAACAGCUAGCAGCACAAGGAAUGGUACCACCUGGAAUCCCAAUCAUGUUGCCUCACCCAAUGCUAACAGCCCAAUCAGCGUCUGUCCCCAACUGGGAUCCCAACUCAACCCAAGCAGCAAGUGCGAGCGGCACUGCCCCGCCUUCGACCGUCACCACCUUUGUCAAUAACCAGUCCAUCCCCAGCACUAUCACUUCAACCUACAUGAAUUCAAGUCAGUCCGACACCGCCACCUACAUGCAGAACUCAGUCAAAACUGAGGUGGGUGUCACCCCGAGCCCCAGUGUGGCCCCGUUUGUGAACCAGUCAAUGAAAGAGAUGCCGCAGUUGCCCCAACACCCUGGCAUGUUUCCACAAGCAUAUUUGCUGCCAAACGGUCACACUGCCACAGCUGAAUUCGUUCAAGCUCAAGCUGCUGUUGCUGCUGCGCAGGGUCAAGCUGUUGCAGUAGGCGAUGGUUCUGUCCCUUCCACGUCUUCAGUUGGUUAUUCAGUGACCGGACAACCCAUAAUCAUGAUGGACCCCAACCAGGUCCCCAAUGGUGGGGUACCGGUCACCCAUGUACAAACUCUUGCCCUACCUGCUCCUAAUACCUCAACUGGCUCAGGAAGUUCUGUGACUGACGAGGCGUCCUCAUCUACAAAGAGCGAUGCUGUCGACCCAAAUAAAGUAACCAAUCAGAAGCGUCUUCACGUCUCAAAUAUUCCGUUCCGAUUCCGAGAUCCUGACCUGCGACAAAUGUUUGGGAAACAUGGUAAAAUUGCAGACGUAGAAAUUAUUUUUAAUGAACGUGGCUCCAAGGGUUUUGGUUUCAUUACGUUUGAAACAAAGGAGGAUGGAGACAGAGCAAAGAAGGCUCUGCAUGGCACCAUUGUUGAGGGAAGAAAAAUUGAGGUAAAUGACGCUACUGCAAGAGUCCAAACCAAGAAGCCAGCAACCCCACUUAUAAAUGGUCUAAAGUUGCCGCAAAUGGUUGCCGCAAACCUGUAUGACCCCAUGGCAGCAGCAGUGCAAGUCAACCCACUAACAGCAGCAGCAUACAGACAAACAGCACUUGCAAGAGGCAGAGGAAGAAGUCUCCUAGUUCGACAACCAGCGCUUGCAGCAGCUCCACAAAUGGCUACAGCUGCAAUACAAACCAAUGGAGGUCUCAUACCGGUAAUGUACGACACAAGCAGCUUGUACCAACCGGCUCCAACCGGUUACGACCUGUCUGCUCUCACUGCUGCAGUUCAAGGCGGUUCUGUGUUUUAUCAACCAACUGCGCAAGGUAUCCCAGCCGGUGCCACAGCAUAUACCAUCCCGCAGUACGCCACUACACGUUACAUACAAGCUGCUCCUGCCUCCCAAGGUGCCACGGCCGCACAACUGCAGGCUGGUUUGGCAUACACUGCAGCUGGUGCCGUGCCAACUGCAGCCGCGCCACAACAAUUGACCUACGCUACCCCGACCGCCAUUUUGGACCCCUACCAACAGGCUGCCCUGACACCUGGGGCUUAUGGGUCUCCCAUCCCCCUUUCGCCAAUGGUCUAGUCUCCUGAUUCAUGGCGACCUUAGCCCACCCUGCAAGAAGUUAUCGGUUCACACCCUACUGAGAGAAAAUCCGGAUUCAACCGGCUCAAAGCGGUUCAGAUUGCGAAAUCCUUGAACCCUCUGCUUUUCGGAGGUGUUCCAUAUGAACUGGCCCUGACACGUCAUCGCGAGUUCUCUAAAACGGGAUUUCCCCGCUCAAUGCAGUACGAUCACCUCUAUUCUGUGUUGACGUCAGUGCUUUUACCAUUCUCCCGUUUAUUGUCGCUUUGUAUUUAUAUAAGCGAGUGCAGUACGUAGUCCAACCCUUUUCUCUCUCUCUCUUUUUUCUCACGAUGAAAUUGUUAUUUUUUAUUACUGCUGCGCGCGCUCGCGGCGGCGGACCGUUUUUAUUACCGAAAGGCAGCGCCCCCUUUUUUCUGCAAUAUCUUUUGCCACGUAUAUACCCGACCCCACAACCCCCAAGCCGCUGGCCCUUUUUUCCGAAAAAAUUAAACUGCCUUAAAUCCACUGCUGCUACCGCCGCAAUACCGACUCGCUUUUUUACCGCCGCGAGAUGUCCCACCUUGGUGUACAUAAACCUCCAGCUGCAACUCAGCAUUUUUCCGUCCCCUACUCCCCCCUUGCAGUAAAAAUUAUCAUGUUCGAACAAGAACGGUCAUACACGUCCUUGCACAUUUCUAUUGCAAAACCGAACUCGAAAACCCGGGUUUUUUUGCCGUCGAACGUAAAAUGCACUCAUUUAGUGAUAAUUCUGUAUCCCCUCUCCCCCCCCUGGUUUUCGGGUUCGAGUUUUUGCUUGUUUUUGAUGACUACAAACCGUGUUGAUCACCGUUUCCGCCCUUUGAUUUAUUAAUACACGAACCCGACAUUACA